GCUGAAGGAACAAACAGUCCGAACCAUGCUUCCUGAGGCGACUCAGCGCCACAACCACCGUUCCAAAUGAGACAGAGGCAAAGCCUGACCAAAAUGACAAAAGAGGGGUGGUCACAGAAAUGUUCUCGAUAGGAUCUGUAGAUGAUGAAGAAGAAGGAGGAUCGAUCAUAGAAGAUGAAACGAAGAUCAUAAUCAUUAGUCAUUCUAUUUGUAAUUUGUGUUAAUUACAUUACAUCGAUUAAUAAUAAAUAUAAUAAGACAGGUUGACUCCAGCAGACUACUCGACGCAAGGUUGGGGGGCGGCGGAAGAGAAAGCGACAAGCGGCAAGAGAGUCGAGAGGUGGUGGUGGUGGUGGUGGUGGUGUCGGGAAACAUGGCGAGUGCGCCGGAAGUGAUCGUCGGCGGGUCGGCACCGAAAACCGUACCGCUGAACUGCAUCAGUCUCUCGGAGCCUGACAUUACCAAAUCCGUUUCCCUUCUCAAGCAGGCAUGCCAAGAUUCUGGAUUUUUUUAUGUGAUUGAUCAUGGAAUUGACCAAGAUCUAAUGGAAGAAGUUUUUAGGCAGAGUCAGAAAUUUUUUGAUCUACCUUUACAUGAGAAAAUGAAAUUGCUCCAAAAUAAGAAACAUCGAGGUUAUACACCUUUUCUGGCCCAGACUUCGGAUCCUGGAAAUCAAACAAGUGGUGAUUAUAAGGAAGGAUACUAUAUUGGUAUUGAAGUACCUGAAGAUGACCUAAAUGCAGAAAAACCAUUUUAUGGGUCAAAUUUGUGGCCAACUACAGAUAUAUUACCUGGAUGGAAGGAGAUUAUGGAGCAGUAUCAUAAGGAGUCACUGAGGGUGGCAAAAGCAGUUGCUAGAAUCAUAGCCCUUGCACUUAACUUAGAUGUUGGUUUCUUUGAUAAGCCAGAAAUGCUUGGCGAGCCUAUUGCAAGUUUGCGGCUCCUACACUACGGAGGUAAAGUAUCAUGUCCUGAAAAAGGAGUAUUUGGAGCCGGAGCACAUUCUGAUUAUGGAUUAAUAACUCUAUUGGCAACUGAUGAUGUGAUGGGUCUACAAAUAUGCAAGGAUAAAGAUGCCAGGCCUCAGGUGUGGGAAUAUGUGGCACCAGUUAGUGGAGGGUUCAUUGUCAAUCUUGGCGACCUGCUAGAACGUUGGAGUAAUGGGAUUUUCAGGUCCACUAUGCACAGAGUACUUUUAGAUGGGAGGGAACGCUAUUCGAUCGCUUAUUUUGCGGAUCCAAGCCAUGAUUGUCUUAUUGAAUGCUUGCCGACUUGCAAAUCUGAGGCAGACCCCCCCAAGUUCCCUCCAGUGACUUGUGCGGCAUACAUGCUCCAAAAAUUGCAAGAUGCCUAUGCAGACGCGAGCAUAUACUCUAAACAUCAGCCUUAGAGUUUGAUCCAAUCUGAGGCAUCCUCAAAUCAGAUUGCAAAAUCUGCAUGCUGCCAAAGUCUAAAGUUGCAAUGCCGUCUUGUCUAGACGAUGCACAAUAAUGGUAUUUGUUCUUUUCACUUCGUCAGUUCUUGACAUGUAUGAUAAUAUUUGUUGUUGUCAUACAAGAAAGUGUGCCAUUUUCCUGUGUUUUACUCAUAAAACUUGCCUCCUCUCUUAACUUUUGGGAAGAUCAA